AUUUGUUAGUCUCUAAGGUGCCACAAGUCCUCCUUUUCUUUUUGCGAAUACAGACUAACACGGCUGCUACUCUGAAACUUUGUACUCACGGAUGCCCCAGUUCAGUUGUUUCUGAAAGGGUACAUGGAACAACGAAUUUAGGCCAAGGAUUAUUAGUUCACUGGAGUAUUGUAGGUUUCAGAGUAGCAGCCCUGUUAGUCUGUAUUUGUAGUAUUGUAAAAUCUCUUUUGGACCAAUCAGUUUUCGAUAGCGCACAUACUUCCAUAUACUUGAUUUGCUAAAAUAUGUAUACUGUUACUACAGCCCCCUGUAUGUUUCAGGAUCUCUGGCCUACUGCCAGGUUUCAGAGUAGCAGCCGGGUUAGUCUGUAUCCGCAAAAAGAAAAGCAGGACUUGUGGCACCUCAGAGACUAACAGAUUUAUUUGAGCAUAAGCUUUCGUGAGCUGCAGCUCGCUUCAUCGGAUGCAUCGCUGUAUAAAUUCUCAGAUUUAAUAGACAUGUCGGACAUAGCUAAGGAUAAGGCAGCGCGCCUGUUAAAGAAAAGAGGCAGUGUAUCCUCUUUAAGCAGCCAUGAAGUCAGAGCAAAAGAAAUCCUUGGAAAAAACAAAGACUCCAUGAGUACAGUAUCUUAUAUGGAUGAACCUGGCCAUGAUAUUCCUCGUCUUGCCAGUCAGUUGGAGAACACUUAUCAGCUGGGUCCUGCAAAACGUUUUCCCGUGGUCACAGUAAAUAAUAUUUUGAAGGAUGUGCUGACUAAUUAUCUUCAAGAAGAAAAAUAUGAAGCAGAUCUAUGCAGACAAAUGACAAAGACCAUCUCUGAGGUUAUUAAGGCUCGGGUAAAAGACCUUAUGAUACCAAGGUACAAAAUUAUUGUGAUUGUACAUAUUGGACAACUAAAUGAACAGAGCAUGCAAAUUGGAAGCAGAUGCGUUUGGGAUCCUGCAAGUGAUACGUUUUCAUCGUAUGCUUUCAAAAAUACCUCACUAUUUGCUCUUGCAAAUGUCUAUGCUGUUUAUUUUGAAUAAUGAAAAGUUCUAGUUUUAGUGGAAGAAGAAUAUCUAACUUGUGUUUAUAUUGUAGAAAAACUGUUAGAAGACAGGUUUCAGUGGUAGCCGUGUUAGUCUAUAUCAGCAAAAAAAAGAGUCCUUGUGGCACCUUAGAGACUAACAAAUUGUUUGGGGCAGAAGCUUUCGUGGGCUAGAUCCCACUUCAU